UCUUAAAUACUUCCCUUUUAGGUUUUCUAUGUGAGUGGAGAAGACAGUCGCUGCAAGUAGAAGUGACACAGCAUUUUUUUUUAGGAUGUCUGAAGAUGAAGAAAAAGUGAAAUUACGCCGUCUUGAACCAGCUAUACAGAAAUUCAUUAAGAUAGUAAUCCCAACAGACCUGGAGAGGCUAAGAAAGCACCAGAUAAAUAUUGAGAAGUAUCAAAGGUGCAGAAUCUGGGAUAAGUUGCAUGAAGAGCAUAUCAAUGCGGGACGUACAGUUCAGCAACUCCGUUCUAAUAUCCGAGAAAUGGAGAAACUUUGUUUGAAAGUCCGAAAGGAUGACCUGGUACUUCUGAAGAGAAUGAUAGAUCCUGUUAAAGAAGAAGCAUCAGCAGCAACAGCAGAAUUUCUUCAACUCCAUCUGGAAUCUGUAGAAGAACUUAAGAAACAGUUUAAUGAUGAAGAAACUUUAUUACAGCCUUCUUUGACCAGAUCCAUGACUGUUGGUGGAACAUUUCACACUGCUGAGGCUGAAGCCGAUCAACAGAAUAUGACUCAGGUAUAUGCGUUGCCUGAAAUUCCUCGAGAUGAAAAUGCUGCAGAAUCAUGGGAAACCUUAGAAGCGGACUUAAUUGAACUUAGCCAACUGGUCACUGAUUUCUCUCUCCUAGUGAAUUCUCAGCAGGAGAAGAUUGACAGCAUUGAAGACCAUGUCAACAGAGCUGCUGUGAAUGUUGAAGAGGGAACCAAAAACUUGGGGAAGGCUGCAAAAUACAAGCUGGCAGCUCUGCCUGUGGCAGGUGCACUCAUUGGAGGAGUGGUAGGGGGUCCGAUUGGCCUCCUUGCAGGUUUCAAAGUGGCAGGAAUUGCAGCUGCACUUGGUGGUGGGGUGUUGGGCUUCACAGGUGGAAAAUUGAUACAAAGAAAGAAACAGAAAAUGAUGGAGAAGCUCACUUCCAGCUGUCCAGAUCUUCCCAGCCAAACUGACAAAAAAUGCAGUUAAAAACCAAACUUCAGCAUUAUUGGCGCCAACGUGUGUAUCCUAAUGAGGACCUUUGCUGCUGUUGGACACUCAGUCAGCUUUUGGAACAUGAUUAUGUCAAGAUAGUGGCUAUAGAUGCUCAAAUGGGAUUGAACUGUGCUAAGUAGAUAUAUUUUGUUGUUUGCUGGAAUGUUAGGGAGACCUUAGAGAUCGAGGAGCCUGGGCUGAGGGUGUGUAAUGUCAGGUAAAGUUCAAAGACUGCCAAGGACCAGAUUUUCUGCCUAGAAAUGUAAAAAAUGAAUUUUUAACUUUGAUAAGGACUCGAGAUGUGUGGACAUGAUGGGUUAUGGAAGGCUGGUGUAUUCCAUAACCCUGACUUGGAGACCCUAAGACUAACUGUAUUAUAAAUAUGCUUAUUGAUCUCCUAUAUAUAGGAGGUUAUUUAGGCCUGUUAACAAAGAAAAGAAUGGGGAGCUCAAGAGCCUUUCAUAUCAAAUAAGGAAAUCAGGAUCUAGUGAGGGGCACAGGUGAACCACAUAAUGGAGUCCAUUUGGUGAACCCUAUUACAGUUUGGUCCACCUGUAUUUUCUGGUGAAGGACACUAAUAGUGUAAGAAAAUGGAAAGAGAGGCGCAGCUUCUCUUUGAGAUACCUUAAUUUGUGACACUGGCUUCUUUGAACUCUUCCUUCUAUCUUUUGAAAUAAAGAACACAGAAUCUCAAGUGAUAGGAGACUAUUAAGCCAAGUCACUAAGCUUGGUCUGUCAGCCUGUCUCUUAACAACUCAAAGAUCUAGUGCCCUCUGCCUUCCCUCCCUUGUAAUUCUGCAAAGUUCUUUGACUUGUGGGGAGAAUUCUACCCAUGUGUAAUGAGGACUUUUCUCCUAAUCUGCUUUCUUGUAUUGUCUCCCAUAUCCAUUCAUCCUUUCCUAUAACCUCUAGACAAAAGAGAGAAAGAAAAUCUCCAAUAUUUCCAGCAUUGUUAGAGUUUGAGGUAAAAAAUAAGCAGGUGGCAGGGGGUACCAGAUCAUUUCUUGGGGCAUCUUACAAUUUUAAGAGACUGAUGUACCGGCCAUGCAGGGAAUCUCUGACCCUAAGUCUUUUCAGCUGGCCGUUUGGGGAGCUAAGAACUAGCUUUCUACCUCACUUCUGUUAACUACCAUCCUUUUCCCCAGGCUUUGCUGUCUCCUAUGCUUUACUUUUCCCAGCUGUUAUCUCUUCCCAGGAGUGGCGUUCUUGCUCACCUUUCCUCAUAUUCAAGAUGAUAGACAAAGCCUGGUGCCAAGAGUGAUCCUGAUGAAGGAUUUGUGGUGCUGAUCCCAACACUUCACAUUGACAGCAAACAUGGCCCAGCCCAACCCAAAUAACAAAAAGGUUUUAAUUUUGUGAAAAAAGAAUUGAAAAUCACAGGUAGCCUCAUCCUGUACCCCCAGUUCAUUUGAAAUAGGAAGGAGCCACCUUUUGCCUUAAUCUUUACUGUUUUCUGAGAGUAGAGGAAUGGGCACCUGUACCACAAAAUGCGUGAGCUCAGGAGCCAAACAGAUUCCUCAGGUGGUUGAAUGCUUAUCUUUUCUCUCUUGUUGAGUUAUUCUUAAUAAUUUUUAUUGUUUGCUUGCUACUUUUCUUUGUCUAAUAUAGCCAGACUUUUCUUUCUUACACUUUUUUUUUUUUUAACUUUUACCAAUGAAUUCUAAUGAAGAGAAAGCAUCAUUUCUUACUGGCAUUAAAUAACUGGAAAAUAUCAAGUAUUGCUGUCUGCGAAUUAUAUCUUCAGUAUAAUGCCAGGAAGGAAGUGCCUUGAAUAAGUGUCCAGUUCUGAUACGGUAUUUGAUACUGGAUACCUGUAAGGCUAGGAUAAUUACUUUGGAACUCCACCUUUUAAAAUAGUUUCUGAUCUUCGCUGUCCCUUUAACAUGGGGUAUUCAAACCAGAAUGAGGAUCAGACUCAUGCAGGGUGCUUUUUUAAACAAGAUUGCCAAACUUCAGUCCCAUAGGGUAACUCUAACAAUAGCCAGUCUGGCCUGGUCAGCUAAAACAAAGAAUUUAAGAUACAGUUCCAUCAAGAUUCAGCUGUAAUUAUUGAAUUCUGUAAUUUCUGAGUAUUCUUCCCUUCAACAUGGCCCAAUCUUCCUUGCUCCAUAUCAUUCCCACUCUGCCAACCCGCAAUUGGCUAUGCUUUUUAGCCCGCCAUGUUUUUUUUUUAAAGGUUGAUUUAUUUAUUUUAG